AUGGUAUUUCUCUUCUUUCUUUCUUUCUUUCUUUCUUUCUUUCUCAAUUUUCUCUUCUUUCUUUCUUUCUUUCUUUCUUUCUUUAUUUUCUUUCUCGUUCCAUUUUCUUUUUCUUUUCUCAUUUCAUUUUCUCUUCUUUCUUUCUCGUUCCAUUUGAUCUUUCUUUCUUUCUUUCUUCUUGUUCCAUUUCCUAUUCUUUCUUUUUUAUUCCAUUUUUUUCCUUCUUUCUUUCUUUCUUUCUUUCUUUCUCAUUCUAUUUUUACUUCUUUCAUUCUUUCUUUCUUAUUCCAUUUUCUCUCUCUUUUUAUUUUCUUUCUCGUUCCAUUUUCUUUUGCUUCUUUUCUCGUUUCAUUAUUUCUUUCUUUCUUUCUUUCUUUCUUUCUUUCUUUCUUUCUUUCUUUCUUGUUCCAUUUUCUAUUUUUUCUUUUUCAUUCCAUCUUCUCCUUUCUUUCUUCCUUUUGCUUUUCUUCUUUAUUUUUAAUACUUUCUUUUUAUCUUAUUUCUCUCAUCUCACGGCUAGAAGUAGUCUACAAGGACAGCGAUGUCAACGAUAGCAGCAUUUUCGCGCAAGGUGACUAUCGGCGCGUUAUCUUUACCGAGUUAUCUCCCCAUUAUCUGGACGCAUACACUCGGCCCAGCAAUAGGCUGCUUAUCUCAACCAGGGUCUCUGCAUUAUUCUGA